AUGGAAAUAGAGGGUUCAAAGUUUUAGGAAAUCACGCUUUUGGUGAAAUCGAAAUUGGUGCAAUUGGAGUUUGACGCCAGUGAAAGAAAACUUCAAGAAAUUGAAUCAAGCAGAGUUGAGCACGAUUAGAGAAUAAGAAAGUUAACAGAAGACCUCGAUUACGAAGAUAGAUCAGAAUGGGUUGAUUAUCACAGAACAUAGGGCACUAAAUAUUACUAAAAAUAAUAAUAUGACAAGGCCUUGUAUGAGUAUUACCUCUCAAUAUUGGCAUUAAAUGAUAGUAAAAUGUGGAGAGAAUUCGGAGUUCCUCUAAUUCAUAACAUUCAACUCAACUUGGAAUUGUUGAAGAAACCUGCUACUAUGGAGUUGCUGUAAUUUGUUUUAUACAUUGACACCUCCAACAUCAAGGCCUACUUUAAAUUGGGCAAGUGUCAUCGAAGCAAUGGUCAAAUUCAAGCUGCACUACAAUAUUUUCAAUAAGGUGAGAAGCUAUGCCAUCAAAUCCAAGACAAGGAAUCAGCAUCAGAUUUUCAAAAACAAAUCUAAGAAUGUAGAAGACUAACAAACCAAAGCAGGAAUUGA